AUGCCUAAGGAUGCAUUUGAAAUUUUAUUUCUACUACUAUUUUGUGUUGAUGAAGUUAAAAAUUAUCGUGUCUCGAAAUCGAAAAAAAUACGCGAAGAAAAAAAGAAAGCCAAAACAGCAGGAGAAGUUAAAAUGAAUCAAGUUCUACUGAAACAUUUACGUGAUAAAACAUUUCCAAUGGUAGAAACAACUACUAUGACAUCAAAUGUAAGCACAAGCAUUUUUUUAACUGCUCUCAAUAAAUUCGGAAACUUGAAAAAGAGUAGACAUGUAAGUUUACUGUCGUAUCAUAAAUCCAUUUAGCUAUAUCGGGAUGCUAAACUUGAGAGAUCAAGAUGAGCGGUUUAACCGAUAAUCAGGCCUCCUCGACAAAAUAGUAUUUACCUUUUUGAUAAGCCUUAAUGAGAGUGACGAUAAGUAUUCUAGAAUUUUUUUUGUUGUUAUAGAAUGCUUACUCUUGUCAGAAAUGUGCCACACAGGUAUUUUGGUUUUUGUGACUCAAUGGUACACGAUUAGACUCAGUUUGUGAUGGGGAAUCCGAAUAUAUCAAUCCGGAUCAAUGUUGGACAGAUCGCGAUGGAGACAGCAGUCCGAUAAACAGCUGUACAAAUAGAGAUCUACAACCGGAAAUCCGAUCCGAUCCGAGGGUUGGUUCGAGUUAAAAUGAUGUUGUCAGGUCGAAUUAGGGUUGAUCCUUUUCCAGCACAGUUCAAAAUACACUCAAGAGAGUAGUAGGGAGCUUGCCACCCAAUUUAUUGGCCUAUAAUUUGGCAAUUCAUCCACAUUCACUCAACAGAGUAGUAGGGAGCUUGCCGCCCAAUUUAUUGGCCUAUAAUUUGGCAAUUCAUCCAUAGUCAUUCAAGAGAGCAGUACGGAGCUUGCCACCCAAUUCAUUGGCCUAUAAUUUGGCAAUUCAUCCACAUUCACUCAACAGAGUAGUAGGGAGCUUGCCGCCCAAUUAAUUGGCCUAUAAUUUGGCAAUUCAUCCAGAGUCAGUCAAGAGAGGAGUAGGGAGCUUGCCACCCAAUUCCUUGGCCUAGAAUUUGGCG